GGUGCAAACAAUUACAAUGGGGGAACAACUGGAGAAGCAAGAGAGGGCGGUGCUUAUGGUGGAUGACGAAGAAAAGGACGGGUUGUUGGAGGGAAUGGCGGUUUUGGACUUCGACAUGCUGUGCUCCUCCGUGGCGUUGAGAACCUCGCAUCGGAAUUGGGGGAAGCUUGGGAGGGUUGUUGGGAAUGAUGAUGAUGAUGAAGAACAAAAUGGUGGAGAGUUUGGCGGGGUUUUGAGGAUGUGGGAAGGUGAACUCCUUGAUUGUUUCGAUGAUCGUCGCAUUCUUCUUGAAUCCACAUGCUGUCCUUGCUACCGAUUUGGGAAGAACAUGAAGAGAGCUGGUUUUGGUUCUUGCUACAUUCAGGCAGCAAUGUAUUUCCUGCUUGCCAUUGGUGCCUUCCUUAAUUUUAUUGCCUUUGCUGUCACGAGACGGCACUGCUUUCUCUAUCUGGCAGCUGCCUUCAUCUUCUCUGUUGGAUCAUAUUUAGGAUUCUUCCGGUCACGUAUAAGACAUAAGUUCAACAUCAAGGGUAGUGAUAGUUCCUUGGAUGAGUGCGUCUACCAUUUUGCUUGUCCUUGCUGUACAUUAAGUCAGGAGUCUAGAACCUUGGAGAUGAACAAUGUUCAGGAUGGAACUUGGCAUGGUCGUGGUGACACAAUAUGCAUCGAUGGCUUUGGUGGAAAGGGCAAGUUAAACCCUCCUCCUCUUAUUACAGUCGAGUCUAUCAAUGAUAAAGGUAGCAUGGAAAAGAACACAAAUUUACACAAUCCAGCUUGAAUUCAAGUGCACGUGGGGAAUAUUUGAAACAAUGGUUCUUCACCUGAACUGAAUCCUUAUGUGUCUGCAUGACAUAUUUCAUUACGAGUUUCUCACGGAUGUUCUCGCUCGAGCGAAGAAAUACAGCGCAGAUUCCAUCGGUCCUUGAAAGUUUGUACUCAGGACUCAGUGGUAAGGAGGCAUAGAGAAAGAAUUUCUGUGUGUGUUCUAUGUGAUUGUUUCAAUUGGUUUCAGAUAGAGAUCAAUGUUCUGUUCCAAUUUGUCUCAGCAGGGUGAGCUGUUAAAUUUGCACUUCUACUCUACAUACAGCUUCUGUGUUUCGUUCUCAACCCUUUGUAAUAUAGUUUGUCUUUGUGAGUUAUGAGUGGUGUUGUAUAUCUGUUCUACAUCAUUGUUGUAUAUAUAUUCAACGGAUUAAGUAUUUUUAAUGUUAAACUUGUACAUACACUUGAAGCCUGAAGAGCUUAGUUCCUCUGGUUAAGUUUUUUGUGUCGAGUUUGCUAUACUAGUGAAUUGUUAUCAAUCCAAGGUGUUGUACAUUUCA